UCGUCUCCACCGUGUUAGGAGAUAGGUAGGAAAUUUCCUCUACCUUUCUCGUUACUUUCUAAAUUGCCUACUGCUAUGUGUAGCUAGCUAUCUGGUCCAUUAACUCGUCACCCAAUAAUAGCGGAAAUGGUGGGAGUGGUGGCUUCGGCCGUUGCUCAGGAGGGAGUGAGCGGAGUGUCAUCCUACAUCUCAAACAAGUUGGAGGAGAAGGCGUCCGCAGGGCACAGCAUCGAGAGGCUCGAGAUGGCACUCUCUCAGUUGGAGUUUGCUCUUGAGAGGACCGGGAAGCUGCCAAUCACAUACAUCUCGCUGCUUCGUCGCCGGAAGGUGAUCGAGCGAGCCUACAACGAGGGCACAAGCUUGCUCAACAAGCACAAGCACGGUAUCGAACAAGAGGUAACACUAUCCUCCUUCCCCUUCCUUGAACGGAUCCUUGGGCGUGCAAGAAAUUCUUCCAUGUCAUCUCUUCUUGGCUUGAGCAAGGAGGAGUACUUGAGUUCGUCUGUUGUCCGAAGGUUCGAAUGGCUCGCAGAAUGUGCUGACAAGUUUGUGAGAGACGUGGAGGCUGGCUGUCCACUCCGGCAUGGCAUCUUUCGCUACCCUCUUGAAAGGCAUCUUCUUGAAGGGAAAACUCUCACGUAUGGAAUGGUGAGAGGAAGCCAAUCACGCUAUAUUUACAUAUGGCCCGUAUGUUCGGAAGGGCGUGGCGUAGAGGUAGAGCUAUAUUACUUCUACAAGGAUCGCAAGAUGCCAGCAAAAUAUUUCUUUCUAAUACUGAGGCUUCGAAUCUCUCAAGGUACAAACUUAGUCGAGACUGCUAUUAGGUGCUUGCAGUUACUGGCAUCCCAAUUCAAUUUUGUGACUGAAUCCGCGAUAGGAGAAAUCACUCUGCUAUCUAGUUUACAAGACAUUUCCCAUUCCUAUGCUCCUCCGUGGGGUCUGAGUGAAGAAACAUUUGUCAGAGUUACAAAAAGUUGGCGCCCAGAUCCAGUAUGUUGCGCUAACAACGUUGUCUCGUCAGAGCCAUCACACGGAGUUCUAGAGCCAGUUAUUGUAAUCAAUUUCAAUUGCUGGAUUUCAGCGCGGGAGUACAUGUUGCAUAGCUCAACCGAUGAAGUAGUGGGCAUAAACGCACCACUUCUGUUUCUGACAUUUUUCUUCUCGCCUCAUAUCUCGGAUCCAGGCCCGCAGGGUAUUAGCCUUAUAUUUGAAGACAAAGUAGAGCAUAUAAAUGGUAGUAGCAUACAACUUAUGGGGGAGAUGGCAAGAUCAAAGGCAAUCGACUGCUUGCUCCGCCAGCCAGGGCCAGAGGAGUAUGCUGUGAUUUGGUACUCUUCACAUGGUAUGGCAUCAAUUUAUUUGGACAAACCAAGCGCCAAAACGCCACCCCUGGAACCUCCAAGACUCGGGCGGAGAGCUGCGAAGAGAAGGCGUACAAGUGUUUAGGUAGCUCAUUGAUGCUUAGCCUGAACCAGAUGUUUCCUUUGCUUCUUUGUUGAGGUCCCAACUCACGAAAUGUGCUCGCUCUAGGUGUGGUGUAAAUGUAAUGGCCCCUAGCUGCUGGAGGUGAACUAGUGUGGUGUCCGGUGUCUGGAUCAAUGUAAUAAGAUGGUAUUUAUGUAUC